GGUUAAAUGAAAUGCCACACGUCCCGGGUAAAGGUCAAACUUCUCUAAUCCGCGGAUCCGUGCGGCGGCUACUUAGUCUGCAGCUUCCUCCUCUGGUUUACAAAACGUGUCACUAGCAGUGAUGCUGUGUGAGGACUGCACAAAAUAACCCACGGUAUAAAAAAAUAAAUACACAUAUAUAUUUAUAUCAAAGCGCAGCCACUCCUGUUCUUUAAACACUUGCCUAAUAUUAGAUGGCUGGCUGCUACUAGAGCUUUAUACGGCGCACUGUAAACGGUACAGCAAUACAGCGUCUUUAGAAUCUUUGCUAACCGUGGCACAGGUCAUUGUGUUUUCAUAAGUCGUAAAUAUGUAAGUCGGAGGUGUAAGAUAAACGAGGUACCUAAACCUAUUCAUAAGCAGCUGCCCGUAUUUAAGCUUAUAAAUACCGUGCGAGGGCUGCCCUUUAAAUCAAGCUCCAGAUGAACGGUUGAGGGCUAAUCGAAGUGGAUCGCUACGACUGCUUUUUCACCCCUCUCGCAGGGAUUUUCAUAAAUGUAGAAAUGAUCCUUUCAGUGGCCUGGAACCGGGCGGCAGCGGUGUGUGUGUGUAUCAGAGAUGGGUAAUUUAUUGCAUCGUUUUUAAUUUCCGAAAGGCCAGGCUGUUUGCCGAAGCGGCUGCCUCUCCGUCGGUGCCAGCGGCUCAAGCAGACUUAUUUUUUUCCCCUCUGUACCCCGGGCAGCCCUCCCUGCCGGCUGCCGUCACGCUGCUGCUGGCUCUGUGGCUUGUGCAGUGGAAACUGGCGGGCUGCCAGCCGGAGCUCGGAGGUGGAAAAGAGUAAAGGCGCCAAAAGGGAACUCGUGCGCCGCUGCCAUUCUCCUCCCGCCCCGCUUCCUGGCUCGCUGCAGCCGCCGGCACCGCUGGGCUUUCUCCAUCUACCCUUCCCCCCCCUCCCGCCCCCACCGUCGCGCCCCGAGGCUUUCAGCUCGUCCACUCGCCGCCGGGUAUCUCAGGGGCAGUGGAGAGGGUGGGGUGGGGGGACGGGAGUAUGCUGCCCUGUCCCGGGAGUCGCUGCUCUCACCUCCUCUGUUCCCCGGAGGCACAGGGAAGCGGCGUCUUCCUCCUUCCCCUCCCCCCCCGUCCCCGCGGGCAUCGGGUUUUUCUCGUUUCCACGCCAGGAGCGUGUUAACAAAACUUUGCUGCUGCUGGCGUCAAUGGUUGCCAAAAGUCUGUUGACGUUGCGAGGGAGACCCAAACGUUUCCCUUUUUAAUCAGCUGCCCAAACAGUGCGGUGUGUGCCUCUGCCUGUCUUUGCGGCGCGGGGCCGGAAAGGCAGCGCGGGGGGCGGUGGGUGUUCUCGGCUCGGCACGCUGGGGCCCCGCUCGGCAGCACGUCGGGGAGCAGAGUACAAAACUGUGAAGAAAAGCGACAAUUUUUAAGGAGACGUCAUGCUUUCUGCAACUCCCCUGUAUGGCAACGUUCAUAGCUGGAUGAGCAAUGAAAGGGUCCGCAUGUGUGGAAUUAAUGAAGACAGGAAAAUUCCCGUUAAUGAUGGUGAUGCACCGAAAAGCAGACUGGAGUUGAGGGAAGAAAAUCACCUGAAUCACAGUGUGGUGGAUGCGACUACAGCACAUCGCAUUGACAGUCUCGCAGCUCUGAGUAUGGACAGGUCUGGACUCAUGCGAGAAGGACUCCGAGUCCCCAGUAGUAUUGUCUAUUCCAGCUUGUGUGGACUUGGCUCGGAAAAAUCAAGGGAUGCUACGAGUUCAAUAGCUGGGCUUGGAUUUACUCCUGAAAGGAAUCCAGAGAUACAGUUUAAGUCUAAUCCCCCUGAACCAGUAGAAAACACAGCUGUCUCCGGAAAAGCCCCGAAUGGCUUCAGUGCUAUAUACAAAACACCACCUGGAAUACAAAAAACCUCUGUCCCAUCAGGGGAGACACUGGGUUUGGACCGAGCUGCGGGUGACAAGCAGAGUCCUCUCGGUGUCAAUGGUGCUAGUUACUUAAGGCUCCCCUGGGUAAACCCCUAUAUGGAGGGUGCAACGCCCACCAUAUACCCUUUCCUUGACUCACCAAAUAAGUAUUCGUUGAACAUGUACAAGGCAUUGCUACCUCAGCAGUCCACUUACAGCUUACCGCAGCACCUGGCUUACUCGCCUGUCUGUACGAACGGUGAACGUUUUUUAUACUUGCCUCCCUCCCACUAUGUUGCCCCCCACAUCCCUUCAUCGCUGGCAUCGCCACUGAGGCUUUCGACUGCUUCAGCUUCACCAGCAAUCCCACCUUUGGUGCACUGUCCAGAUAAGAAUUUAUCAUGGAAGAUGGGUGUCACCCCUGGCAGCCCUGUUGAUGCACACACCUACCCUCACAUCCAGAGCAACAAGCAGCCCCGGGUCCCUGCUGCCAAGCCAGCCCCCACCAACAUUCCGGCGGACCCCGCACUCCUGCUGCCACACUCUCCCCGGCCAUCUCCCCGCCUCCCUCUGCCUGCCCAGGUCGGGGAUGCCUACAGUGAUUUCCACAAACACUUUCCUAGGAUCACCACCUCUCCCUCCUCAGCUGUUACCCUUCCAAAGCCCUAUGUGAAUGUUGGCAGCGAAUUUCCACCUUCCCGCCUCUCCAAUGGGAAACUUCCCAAAGGCAGUGAUGCUGGGGAGGUUCCCCCACCAGCCACACCCCACGUGCGGAAAGCUGGCCAGGACCGGAAAGAUGGCAGGUCCCCUCCACUUCUGGAAAAGCAGACCCCAACCAAAGACGUUACUGACAAACCGCUGGACUUGUCAGCGAAAGUUGUCGAUGCAGAAAGUGCUGGCAAGUCAGAGCAUGGUAAGAAAAUGCCUCCGACAGUGCUGGUGCAUGGCAGGGUGGGAGGGGGAACGCACUUGCCUGGCAGCGAAAUUGUUCAGAAAGAAACAAUUUCUCCUGGGAAUGGCUGCCCCAUCUACAGGCCUGAAAUUAUCAGCACAGCGCCCUCCUCAUGGAUUGUUCCUGGUCCCAGCCCCGGCGAGGAGAGCGGGAAGAAUGUCCAACUGAAAAACAAGGCGCUGGACUGGGUGAUCCCACAGCAGCGGAGCUCUUCCUGCCCCAGGAUGGGCGGCACAGAGACAGUUGUUGGCAGCAUUUCGGGGACUGUGUCAACAGGGGGAAGGCCAGCGUCAGCGUCACCAGCUCCCAACGGCAAUGUGGAUUGCACCAAGAUGGCCAGGAGCUCUGCAGAGAGCACUGCCUCAGUUAUACAGCAUGUCGGGCAACCCGUUGCCACGCCUGUGAAACACAGCAAUAAGGUGGCCAAAUCCUGUGGCCAGGAAGCCAGCUUCAAGGCGAAUGAGACUGCCCUGGCCUCCAGCCCCAUUUUCCUGCCACCCAAUGAGGCAUUUCGUUCUCCACCUCUACCUUACCCCAGGAGUUACCUCCCAUACCCGGUGCCAGAAGGGUUAGCCAUUAGCCCUCUUUCCCUCCACGGGAAGGGACAUGUGUAUCCUCACCCUGUCUUGCUGCCCAACGGCAGCCUCUACCCUGGCCACCUGGCUCCCAAACCUGGCCUCCCCUACAGCCUGCCGGCAGGGCGGGGAGAGUUUAUGACCUACCAGGAUGCACUGGGGAUGGGAAUGGUGCACCCCAUGCUCCUUCAGCAUUCGGCUUUGGAGAUAAAUAAGGAGGAGAAAGCAGAAAGGAGGUCGCGCUCUCAUGAGAGGGUCCGCUAUGAGGACCCAGCUUUGCGGGGCCGGUUGCCAGAGCUCCUGGAGAGCAGUGGGAAGAUACAUUUUGAAGUACCUGGUGACAAGAGUGUGAAAUUGCACCAAAGCUCUGGUCAUGGCAAAAACUCAGCCAAAAGUGACAAACACCUCUUCCCGGAUCUUCUACGGGAUGAGCAAGAGGCUAAAAGCGAAGCAAACUUAACCAAAGCCAGCUUUGCUAUGGAAAGCAGUAAUCAGGCUAAUGACUCUACAAAGCACAAGGUAGAGCAGGCGUCGCAGCACAGAGAUUUUAUUGUAAUGAGAGAGGAGUUUGGGAGGAAUAAUGAUCUUCACGAAACCUAUAAUUUCAAGCAAGCCCAGAGUUCAUCUGUUUUUGGCUUAAGGAAAGAUGAUUUAUCUGUGAGCCAGCCUAAAGAGAGAGUGGCAGUCCAGCCUUCGCCCACUUUCUUGGAAAGUGCUCAUGAGAGUGAGACUCCGUCUCUGACUUUUGGCAAAGUGCAGGAGGAUGCAAAGCCGUUCUGCAUGGGGAACGUGCCGCCAAGCAUCGAUGCCAGUCAGACCUAUACCAAAGACGGAGCCGAUGAUGCGGAAUCUGCUGAUGGCAAAAUAUUGAAACCCAAGCCAUCUAAAUUGGCCAAGAGGAUCGCAAACUCUGCUGGUUACGUAGGUGAUCGAUUCAAGUGUGUGACAACUGAACUGUAUGCAGACUCCAGCCAGCUCAGCCGGGAGCAGCGGGCAUUGCAGAUGGAAGGAUUACAAGAGGACAGUAUUUUAUGUCUACCUGCUGCUUACUGUGAGCGUGCAAUGAUGCGCUUCUCAGAGUUGGAGAUGAAAGAGAGAGAAGGCCAAACAGCUACCAAAGACUCAGAGGUCUGCAGAUUCAGCCAGGCAGACUGGGAAAACUUGAAAGGAAACAGUGAAAAGAAGCCAAAGUCUGUCACUCUGGAAGAUGCCAUUGCCGACCAAAAUGACAAUGACAGAUGUAACUUUCCUAGUACAGAAAACAACCAAGGUCACCUUCCUGAGACUCCAGAGGAAAAAGAUCUCUCAGAUAAGAAAUGUUAUUUAGAGAGACAUUCUAUAUAUGAAAAAGCAGAAGAUCAUCCAACAGAAGAUAUUGGCCAAUAUCCAUGUCCACGUCUGGACAGGAAGCGUAAACAUUCUGGUGAGAGAGUGCAAAAUGAUGGCAGCCAAAAUGAAAACUUUGUGGAUGAACUGCAGGAUGAACUUGUAUCAAAAGCAAAAAAGAAAAAGAACUCCAAAGAUGACUGGCCUGAGAGGGAAAUGACAAACAAUUCCUCUAACCACUUAGAAGAGCCCAAUUGUAAUGAGGUGACCAACCUGAAGGUGUGCAUUGAAUUAACAGGGCUCCAUCCCAAAAAGCAGCGUCACCUGCAGCAUCUUAGGGAACUAUGGGAGCAGCAGGUGUCACCAGAGAGAUCCCCGUCCGGCAAGUUGGGCCGGCAAAGCAGGAAAGAUUUAGCUGAGGCUGUUCAGCCAGAGGCCACUGCAAAGGUCAAAGACUUCACAGAAGAAAGGCACACCAAGAAAAGGUCAGAGGCCAAAAGCAAUAGAAGUUGGUCUGAAGAGUCCCUCAAAACAAGUGACAAUGAACAAGGCUUGCCUGUAUUCCCAGUGUCUCCGCACAUGAAGAGCCUUUCAUCCACCAAUGCAAACAGCAAAAGGCAGGCUCAGCCAAGCUGUACUCCAGCCUCAAGGUUGGCUGCCAAACAGCAGAAAAUUAAAGAAAGCCGGAAGACAGAUGGGCUGUACACAGAUGAAGAGGAGGAUUUCCAACAUGCAUCUCUGCUGCAGAAAUACAGCGAGUGUGAGAAGCCAUCAGGGAAACGUCAGUGUAAAACAAAACACUUGGCACUGCAGGAGAGGAGAAGGAGGUCAUCUCUGACAGGGGAUGACACCACAGAUAUCGAAAAUGCUGAAGAUAAGGUCACGGUAACGAGGAAAGUCAGGAAACGGCCAGAGCCUCUUUCGGAUUGCGACUCCUCACCAGCCAAGUCGUACGAGCAGCAGAAGCAGCCAUACGAUCGCCUGCAGCAGACUCCCUCAUUGCUACCCGUCUCACAGCUCACGCAGCUGCCGAUCACAAGCCCCCCCCAGGAGACCACCCCGAGCCGGCCCAUGCCGCCUGAAGCGCGGAGGCUUAUCGUCAAUAAGAACGCUGGGGAAACGCUACUGCAGCGGGCAGCACGCCUGGGCUAUGAGGAAGUGGUUCUGUAUUGUUUGGAAAACAAGGUGUGUGAUGUGAAUCAUCGUGACAAUGCGGGUUACUGUGCCCUGCAUGAGGCCUGUGCCAGAGGCUGGCUGAGCAUCGUGCGGCAUCUCCUCGAGUACGGGGCUGACGUCAACUGCAGUGCUCAGGACGGAACCAGACCAAUCCACGAUGCGGUCGAAAACGAUCACUUGGAAAUUGUCCGCCUGUUACUGUCUUACGGUGCUGAUCCAACACUCGCGACCUACUCUGGGAGGACCAUUGUGAAGAUGACUCACAGUGAGCUCAUGGAGACCUUCCUUACAGAGUAUUUAACUGACCUGCAAGGUCGAAGUGUUGAUGACCCUGGUUUGUGCUGGGAUUUCUAUGGCAGCUCUGUGUGCGAUCCGAAAGAUGAAUCUGGGUUUGACAUCUUGGCAAAUCCUCCUGGCCCAGGUGACGAAGAUGAAGAUGGCUUUAGCGACGUGUUUGAAUUUGAAUUUUCGGAUGAGCCUCCCUUGCCGUGUUACAACAUUCAAGUGUGUCUAUCUCAGGGACCACGAAACUGGCUUUUGCUCUCGGACGUGGUGAAGAGGCUAAAAAUGUCAUCUCGCAUCUUCCGCUGUAACUUCCCCAAUCUGGAAGUGGUCACCAUCACGGAGGCAGAGUUUUACAAACAGACUUCCCUCAGCCAGUUGUUCUCUUGUGCUACGGACCUUGAAGCUUUUAACCCGGAGAGCAAAGAGCUGUUGGACUUGGUGGAGUUUACAAGCGAACUCAAGACUUUGCUGGGCUCCUCGCUUCACUGGUUGCAUCCGCAGGAGGAGCCUCCCUUCGACAUCCUCUGGUGAACCAUCAGGCCAUUUAAUGUACAGUUUCUCCUUUAUGUAUAUGUGUUCAAAUGCAAUUGUUUUCUGUAAAGAAAGGACACUAUUAAAUAUGAAAAUAGCUUUCCUUUAUAUAAAAAAAAAGAGAUCUGAAAUUCCAGUUGGAUGGAUUUUUUUGAAGAAAUUAAAAAACAACAAAAAAAAAUCCCAACCCCAAACCCCUUCAAAUCAGUUUUUACAGAAUUGUUAUAUAAUGUUUCUUUAAAUGCACACAACAGAGGCUUUGGGAUAAGUUUAUUAUUACUCUGGACACAGGUUUGUUUGUUUUUUUUAGCUGUCGGUUUUUAGUUUAGAGAACACACACCCACACAUCGACUUUGUUUCCUACAAAGCACUGAUUACCCAGAACAUACCUUUCUUUUUUAAUUCCUAGGCGAUGUGAUCAAAGUCAUGUGGCUCGUUUUUGGGAGAUAGACUUCAGUAAGGCACUUGGUGAUAAUUAUUUUUGUUUUGAGCUUGUUUUGGUUUGUUGUUUUGUUUUGUUUUGUUUACAGAAUUACCUGCUUUGGUCAGGUUAAGCACUAUUGAAUAUAAUUCAGUAGUUUGUAAUAUAAAUUAAACCAUAUCCAUACGCAUACAACUAAUUGUAAGAACUUUUAUAUCCUAAUUUAAAAGCUGUGAAAUUUAGUUUUCACACAUCAAACCGGAUUGUUUAUAUAUGUUUAAACAUUUUAUGCUCUUUAUUUAAAGAAGACUUUGAACUAUUUUUUCUGUACCUUGUAAAAUAUUGAGAAAAAAAAAUUAAAUAAAAACUAACAUAUGUUGAAGUUGCUUGAAAAAAAAACUGUACAUAAAAACUAAAUUUUUCUGAAUUGUGUGUUUAUGUUUGAGAUCUGUGUUUUAACUUUGUAAGUAAAUCUCCUGCCUUUGUAUUUAUAUUUUACAAAAAUUUUCUUAAAGGCAAUAAAACUG